AUGGAAGUUCAAGGCGCAGUAAAUCUUUCCUUCAGUCAACAUCGUGUCGCACUCUGGCCGGCCAUACAGCAAAUACUCCCUAACGGUUUCGUCACUGUUCGAGCAGAGCUUCCGGAGGACUAUAUAGUCGAUAUUGAAAAUAGGCGAGCGCACUUGCCGAUACACAUCGAUCGUCCCUACGGCACUGUCCCUGAGAGCUGGCUGAUGAGCCUCCCGCAAUCGGCAGUCAAAGGCCUUGCAGACGCCUAUUUUGCCGUCUUCCACCGUAACACGCCGAUUCUUGACAAGUAUCAUUUCUUCUCAAGCACACUAGGCACAGCUAUGGAGAACGAGUUCGGGUACGACGUGGAGUCUGCGCUGGUACUCAACGUGCUUGCCUUAGGUUGCUUAGCUGUCAAGGCUCACGAGGAAGGCGACUUUGCUCUUCCCUCGCGCCACUCUCCAGCCAGACGUGGCUUCGUGCACCCGGAUUGGUACGAACUCGUUGCAGAUGAUCCACCGGGGCUCAAAUUCUUCAACGAAGCAAGGCAUCGCUUCGGCUUCCUCAUGUGCGAUAACGACGUUCAAGCAGUCAUCACGCAGGAACUGGACCUACUUCCGCAUAGCGGCCUGUUAGACUACGAGCCAGAUACGCCUCUACCGAAGUUUACCCAAUGCCCACGGCCAAAGACGUCCAUAUCGGGAUUGCUUACCGAUGAAGAGGACUCCUUCUUCAACUUCCACUUCCUCGCUCAAGCGGCCCAUCGCAUCAUCCUGACACGCGUGAAGCAGAGCCUGUAUACCUUUGCGGAGAAAGACGGCUACCCCAGCGCCAGUUUGACAGCCGAAAUGCAUCACCAACUAGAGCAGUGGCGCGCAAACCUCCCACCGUCGCUCCAAUUCUCCGACACCGACAACGCAAGUGACUCGCCCAGCCCUGCACACGUCAUCGCGAAGGCCAUGCUGCGAAGUCGCUACCUCGUCGCUAAGUUCCACAUCGGCCGUCCGUUCCUCUACAAAGCGCUGCAUGCACCAGCGUACACCAGUGAUGCAGAGUACAACAAGGUGCGCGAGGGUCUGCGCGGUGGGAUGUACUGGCCAACUACCAUGGGUCUUUGCACGCAAAUGUUGUCAGCUCUACCAAUCAAGUUUGGGUGGUGUUGUCAGUGCUUUGGACAGGUGCUAUUGUUUCACGCCGUAGCGCAGUCGCCAGACCCAAGAUUACGAGAAACGCUGCCGGAAGGAUGGCGCGAGUGGGUAGGUAUCAUGAUGAGCCUGAUCGAGAGUUGUGCGAGAAGCAGUCCUGGUAUUGCAAAGGACUACGAGCUAUUGCGCUUGUUGGACGCCUAG